UUUCUUAUCAGUCUCAAAUUCAUAUCCAGAUCUGUUGAUUGUUGGCUAUAUCGCCAGUUUCAUGAUUUUGCCUCGAAUGAAAAUGGGAGAAAACAAUUGUUGGGAGAGAGAAGUAUUGAUUACUGAGCUAACAAAGGGGAAGGAAUUGAUGUUGCAACUGCAAAAACACUUUGAUCCCAUGAAACAAGAUGUGUGCCAGUAUUUGGCUGCAGAAAUACUUUCUUCCUAUGACAAAGCUAUGUCCCUCUUGAAUGGCACAGCUUUAUCAGGUAUGAUGAUGAGCAAAGGUAAAGAAAUUAUUCAUCCAGCACCGUCUUCAUCAACUGCGUCCCAGCUGGAAUCUCCUCAUCUUCUCGCUUAUAGUAGCACUAAGGUUGUGACCGCCCCUCUAAAUCCAGGAAGAGGAAGACACUGGCACGAAGGACAGAGUAUGUAGAAGCUCGACCCGGAGAAAAAGUUCCACCUGAAGAUGGACUUAGUUGGAGGAAAUAUGGACAGAGACUUGUCUUAGGUGAAAAAUAUCCCAGGCGAGUACUAUUCUCAAGUUCCUUGACCAAAAAUAUGAGUAUCUAUUUCGUGAAUGAACUGACCAAAAGGUUGGAUGAUACUACACUAUCUGUGGGUUGAUUUCACAUUAUGUCAUUGAAUUUUGGAAAUGCAGAAAAUAUUAUUGAUGUGCUCGUCGUUGUUGUGGGGCUACUAAGAUGAUCCGGCGAAUUGAUACAGAGCCAUUAACUUUUGAAGUUACCUAUGGAGGAAGCCACAAUUGUGAUCAAGAAAACAACAACCAAAAUGAACAACUACUGCUUGCUGUGCAAACACAAGUUGGAGGAGCAGCAGGGGAACUAUCUGAUUUCUACAUUCGUGAGAUGGUUUCAACCCCAAAUAAUUAGUCCUCAACAGGGGUUGUAUUCUCAAACUCGAAUUCAGUAUUUAACAUGAACAACUCCGACUUCAUCCCCACACCAACUUCUUCACCUCAUCCACUUGACAACAAUAGUCUCACUGAUCUCUUGUUUUUUCAUGAAAGUAGCGCGAAUGAUUUCAAUUCGCCCAAUCAUAUCUUGACAAAGUUAUCAUUUGAUCACUACCUUAUUUGAACAUGCUGUGCCUGGAAAUUAUGGUGAUGCUGCUCUGUUUUACGGUGCUGAGGGGUGUCAAAAUGAGCUCAAAUAUACGUAACAAGUUAUUCAUCUAGAAUUUUAUGAGUUUGACUCGAGAUAAUUUGAAUCAGAGUCAAUCUCAACGCAUUUAAGUAUUAACCCAUUUUAUAAAAAUCUUCAAUUGAGCUCAAUAUAAUUUCCAAUUUUAAUCUAUUUUAAGACUCUUUAUUUGCAUUGAUUGUAAUGAAUGUUCCUAUAUUGAAGACUUGAAUUACUAACU